AUGAUCGGAGUUGACCUUGGUAAGCUCAAGCUUCUGCGGAUGGUGAGGGCCUUCAGGAUCUUCCGUCUCUUCGGCCGCGUUCCGUCUCUCAGGAAAAUCAUACUGUCGCUUUUCCAUGCAGGCGGCGGUGUGGGAAAUGCGUUCCUGAUCGUCAUGAUCGUGAUGUGCAUCUACGCCGUGCUUGCCGUCGAUCUGUUCGGCAACGUCAUGUGCGAUGCUGAUGGGAAGCAGUCAGAAGAUUGGAGCUCAACCGAUUUCCACGGAACUACGUGCUUUGGCAUGGGAUAUUACGGUACUUUCACAACGUCAUUGUACACGAUGUUCCAGAUCUUGACAGGGGAGUCUUGGUCCGAGGGCUGCGUGUGGCCGCUUCUGGACUAUUUCCAGGUCGUCGACCCCGCCUAUAGGAAGUUUGUCAUGAUCUUCUUCGUCUCGUUCGUCGUCAUCACCAACUUCAUCCUGCUCAACGUGGUCGUCACCGUGCUCAUCGACGGGAUGAACCAGGCCGUCGACGAGCCUAAGCCAGAGGGGGCCGCGCCCGAGGGCCGUGAGGCCGUCCUCGAGAUGCUCGAGAAGCUUCGGGCGAACCAGGCCCAGCAGCAGCAGGACCUGGAGGAACUGGUCAAGGCGGUCACGGCCCUCCCCGCCUCGCCAAAGUGA